GCUCAUAGAAGCUUAGCUUGCUUGGAAGAAGAGAGAAUUGGCCUGUUGACUUUGAAAGAUGCCUUCAAUUACCCAACCGGGUCUUCUCUUCCUUCAUGGGGUGCUGAGGAGACAGACCGUUGCAGGUGGGAAAGGAUCACUUGUGACAGCAUGACCAAGCGAGUGAUACAGCUUUCUCUCAAUGAUACAAGACAAGUGGAGUUCCUCAACGCCUCCUUGUUCCUUCCCUUCCAGGAACUACAAAAUUUAAGCUUGGCAGGGAACUUCAUGACAGAUUUCUCUCUAUCUCUGUUCCCUGCCCCCGGGAAUACAAUAAAAAGCAACUCCAUGUGA